GCGAGCUCCGGUAGCCUAAGAGCUGUCCUCUCUAUUUCUUAAUGGCAAGACCCAAGAAUGUCUGCUUAGCAUGGCUGUGGCUCCUGAACCGGCGACCCAAGGACCGUUAUGGCUUUUAGAAGAGUCUAUUCGGACCCCCUGUCCCGAAGCAUUUUCAAGAAAUUCGUGGUUAUGCUGUGUUCUCUCCUCACCUCCCUGUACCUCCUCCACUGCCUCACGGACCGCUGUAGCAGCAUGCCCACGCUGGUGAAAGCCUCCAGCCAAGUCGUGGGCUUCUUCACAUCGGAACUACAAGACUUGAAGUCGCUGAGGAGGAAAAGACUGUUAAAGAAAUGGACCACGGAGUCCAAGGCGCGCUUGAGCUACGAGAGCGCUGACGACACUAAAUUGAUCUCUGAGGACUCCCGGUUCGACGAUACUGAUAAGGGACAGGUUUUGUACAAAUCGGGACCUCAGGUAGACAGCGAUAGCGAGAACCGGGAAUUGUCGCGUGAUAUACAGCUUUCUUUGGAUGACAUCGUUUCUUCGAAGAGAUUGUCACAUCAGUUUACAGUGAAGACUGGAAGUACCGGUAAACUCAGUCCGCUUGGAGAGGGGAGAAAGGAGCUGCCCCAGGCGCUAAUCAUCGGGGUAAAGAAAGGAGGGACGCGCGCGCUACUCGAGUUCCUCCGUGUACACCCAGACCUCAGAGCCGUGGGAGCCGAACCGCACUUCUUCGACCGUAACUACGAGAAUGGACUGGAGUGGUACAGGGAGUUGAUGCCCAAGACCCUGGAGGGCCAGAUCACCAUGGAGAAGACCCCCAGCUACUUUGUGACCAGAGAGGCCCCGGCCCGGAUCUCCGCCAUGUCCCGGGACACCAAGCUGAUCGUGGUUGUGAGGGACCCCAUCACCAGGGCCAUCUCUGACUACACACAGACGCUGUCCAAGAACCCAAAUAUUCCCACCUUCGAGAGCUUGACCUUCAAAAACAGGACUACGCGGCUCAUCGACACAUCCUGGAGCGCCAUCCAGAUCGGCAUCUAUGCCAAGCACCUAGACAACUGGCUGCAGUACUUCCCCAUGGGCCAGAUCCUGUUUGUGAGCGGGGAGCGUCUGAUCAGCGACCCGGCCGGAGAGCUGGGCCGGGUGCAGGACUUCCUGGGACUCAAGAGGAUCAUCACAGACAAACACUUCUACUUCAACCAGACCAAGGGCUUCUCCUGCCUCAAGAAGGCUGAGGGCAGCAGCAAGCCCCACUGCCUGGGAAAAACCAAAGGGCGGAUCCACCCCAACAUCCACCCAGAGGUGGUGCAGAGGCUACGGGACUUCUACAGGCCUUUCAACAUGAAGUUCUACCAGAUGACGGGACGUAUGUUUGGUUGGGACGACUGAUUUUGCAUUGGUGGAUUUACAUUUUAGUCAUUUAGCAGAUACUCAUAUUGAGUGACUUACAGGAGCAAUUAUAGUUAAGUGCCUUGGUCAACAGAUUGUCCACCUAGUCGGCUCAGGGAUUCAAACCAGCGAUCUUUCAGUUACUGGUCCAACACUCUUAACCGCUAAGCUACCUGCCGCCCCAGAAUACAGAUGACCAGAGAACACAGAUGACUGUUGACACUGUAGUAUAACCGUGGGACAGCAACAACACUAAGCCUAGAGGCAUUAUGUGUCUGUGAGAGCGGGGAAAAAGCCUUAUCUGCUCUUACUGGCAAUCCAGAUACUUAACGUGUUUACUGUGUCUCAGAACCAAUAUCAGCUGAGGCUGGUUGAAGGAAAUGGAGCCGGAUUAUCCCUUAUAGUGCAUGUGGUGGUUCUAAUACAGAGAGAUACUGCAUCUCUACCUCUCCCUGUAGUUCCUGUCAGAGGGCUUUCUGUUUUGGAACCUUUCAGUGUUGCAAAAGACAAAUAUGUUGUUACUGUAUAGGAGGUUAUAUGAAAUCACACAGAGACUUUGGAUAAAAAGUCUGAGUGAUUCUAUACCAUAUUUUAAAGCAAACCCAGAUGCUAUUCAAAGAUUUGCAUUUUCUAGAAACAUUUUGAAAAGUUAAAAAUACAUGUAAUUUAUUUAAGAUGGUGUACACAUGCAGUAUAUAAUAUACAUGUUGAUAUGCUUUAUGUUUUCUGUGCUUAUAGAAUGUUGUUUUAUACUGUACACAUUGUUUUUCUUUAUCAUGUUUAUUUAGGUUAUUCAUUUUAAUCUGUAUAUGCGAUUCCCGCACUAUUUUCCUGCUGAGCUUCUAAUUAUAACCCUGCGAAGGUUUGUUAUUCUGAGGGCAGUUUCCCCACGCUGAGUUAAUGGAGUUGAUUGAAUUACAGUGUAGAGAGCGAGACAGAGUAAAGAUAGCACUCAAUGGAAGUGUCCAGUGGCAGCCUAUUCUCUAUAGAAUGCACUACUUUUGACCAGGGCCCAUGGGAAUAGGGUGCCAUUUGACCAGCAUCCAUAGGGAAUAGGGUGACAUUUGACUAGGGCCCAUAGGGAAUAGGGUGCUAUUUGGGAUGCAUAGUGAAUCAACUGUUGUAUCAGUAACAGCAACUCCUCAACUAAUGUUAUAAUGAGACCUCUAGUGGGCCUAACCAAACGAUUUCUCAGAUUUCCUCUUUAUCAUGCCUCCUUGUGAACUGAAAACAGUUGCUGUCAUCCAGCCUUUCCUUGCCUAGGAGGCAUCCGUGGAUGGAGGUGUCUCUCUGUGUCUUUAUAAAGGAGCCAGAGAACAAUUGUGAAGUUGUGUUUUUGAUUUGUAUCUGCCUGGUUGUGAGCUUCCAAAGAGCCUCUCCCCUUUCAAAUGUUCCUCAAAGGGAAACUUCAUCAUGCUCAGUGUUUUCAAUAUGAGUUCAGGGGGAAACAUAUCAAUUUGCCAUCACUCUUUAUCAUACGUACGUUAUAAUUUUGUCUAUUUCAUUUGAAGUCAUGUUGGAUUUCUAAUCACACUUUAUAAACAGUUCUAUAAACAUA